AUAGGUCACCAUUCCAACAUUCUCAUUGCUCACAAACAACUCCAAAACCACAUAGUAACCAAAUCAAAAACUAAGGAAUUCUUGGUUUAAUUUAAGCUUUAAAAGAAAGUAGCUAGCUAGCUAUAAGCUAUGGCAAAGUUGAACUCAUAUGUUCUUCUUGCUUUGCUUGUUAUACCUACACUCGCCUCGAUUUCCGAGGGCCGGAUUGCAAGGAAGGAUCUUGGCUUGGACUUGGGCGGCUUAGGCGGCUUAGGAGUCGGCAUAGGAGCCGGAAUUGGCAUUGGCUUGGGAGGAGGUGGCAGUGGCUCAGGAGCCGGAGCUGGAGCUGGCUCCGGCUCUGGUGGUGGUGGGUCCAGCUCGAGUUCGAGUUCCAGCUCGAGCUCGAGUUCCACUUCGAGUGGCGGUGGUGGUGGUAGUGGUGCGAGCUCAGGAGCCGGCUCGUCUGCUGGUUCACGAGCUGGAUCCGGUUCGGGUGGUGCAGGUUCGGAAGCGGGCUCAGAAGCAGGGUCUAGUGCUGGAUCACGGGCCGGGUCGGGUGGCAACCGUGGAUAAAGGGUUUUUAGCCAUGGGGGAAUUAUAAAUAUAUUGGAUGUGUUAUAUUAUGUGUCAUAUUUAUGUUUGUAGCUUGAAAAUAAUAAGGACGUGUGGUAAUACUUAAUAUGUACUUGUUGAAUAUAUAUGAUUGUUGCUAUGGGUUCGAUAUUGUAAUGGAAUAAUUUUCUUAUUUACAAUCACGAUUUUCGAGUGUUUU